AUGUAUGACAGCUUUCUCGACUCGAACAUGCGAAUGGAGAAAUACGGCAAGGAUUUUUUGUGCCCGGUUGAAAUGAUGCCGACAACAGCAUGCUCCCACGCCUAUCCAAACAUCGCCACGACCGACUACCGGUACCUAACUAACCAGUCUCGCGACUUGACAAGCGAGCUAUGGACCGGCUCGUUUCCGCUCAUCCCUGGUCGGACGUUGUAA